AUGGCAAAGAGAAAGAAAAUGUCUACGAGACAGCGAAUGCUGCAAGACAAAAUAAGAAAAAGAGAGCAGAGACAAAAGUCUGCAAGGAUUCUGCCUGAUGAAGUAUCAGCUUUGCCGCCACAACAGUCUGCUGUUCCCUGUGGGACAGUGGAUGGAGCUGAUUCAGCUCCUCCCGGUAAUUUUCCGGGGCUUGGUUCGAUGGGGUUUCCACCUAAAGAGGAAAAACCCCUGGCCAGGGUGCAGGCCUCACCUCGAGUGAAAAUGCAUUCACCUGCCCCGAGGUUGUCACCUCCUCGGGGAAGUCGUCUGUUUGUCCAUGACGAGGGCAAGGCACCGUCCACUGACUCCCCACCGUGGGUUUGUGCUCCACCGAGGGCACCUGGAUCGGACAUAGUGCAUAUGUCUGAUCCAGCAGGACAGGCGCAGCUGGAUACCUCCAGGAUGGAGGAGACCAGUAGAAUAUCAAAAGAUGAAGGAACUUUAACGAAAUCAAAAAUGGAAACUGAACGAAUAUCAAAAGGAAACUUGAACGAAAAACCUGAUAUUAUAGAAAGUAUAAACAGAGAAAGAGAUAUGUUGGAGACUGUAGAAAGUAUGAUGGAUUUCAGAGAUGAUACAGAGAUCAAAGAAAAUGUCAGAGAGUCAAGCGAUAAAACUGAUGAUAAGGGAGAAAUGAAGGAAACAAAUGAGAGUAAGGUCUUUCAGAAAGUAAGUGAGGAAAGAAAUUGUAAAAGUUGGAAUAUAAAAGAUGUAAAUGAACAAUGUGAUCAGAGAGAAGGUUGUAGUGUGCAGGAUGAGGGAAAUGAUGAUUUGAAAGCAAGAAGUUUGCACAAUGUAUCUGUUCAGGGCUCUUUCCAUCAAGCUGAUCCUAUGUUUGGUGACACUGCAGGAACCCAGUGUGUGGCAAAUUGUUUGUCAGGUUUAGCUUAUAAUCUUCUGAAAAGUGCAGAAAUGUGGCAAACGGCUGAUAUCAACAAAGUUUUAGUGAAUGGAGAUGAACUUUACACAUACCUGCAGAACAGUUCUUCAAUUACAAGUAGGUAUUUGUUAGUAGAAGAAUUACCACAGUAUUUUGAAUGCUAUAACAACACAUUUGACUUUACAGUGAAGGUUUCGGUACCAAGUUUCAUUAGUUUAUCAGAGGAGGAGCCAUGUUAUGAAGAUUUUAAUGCUUAUCCUCUUUUUGAAGCUCUCCAGAUGGCACUUGCUGAAACAAAUGGGUGUUUUGUGUGUUUUGGGGGAAAUACCCUUUUAAUUGGAAAAACUACUGAUGGCUUUUUCAUAUUUGAUUCACAUGCACGGUGCUCUCGUGGAUAUUUAAGUGUUAGAGGGAAGAGUACAAGAAUUUUGUUAAAGGAUGUUCAGGAUGUUUACUUACAUCUAAGGUCUCUGGCUCUCUCUAUGGGAUUUUCAAAAACUGUUGAAUGUGAAUUAACUGGAGUGCUGUGUUCACUGAAGCAUUUUGCUAUUGCAGAAGUUAACAAGGUUGAACAUGUUAAAGGUGAUGUAAAAUUUUCAGAAGCAUUCAUAAGUUUAAGACAAGGUGUCAUGAUGUCAGAUCAAUCAAAUGUUGAAGAAAAUGAGAGAUAUGCAAGAGGAUUGCAAGGUACAAAGCAAGACAGCUUAUUGUCAGAUCAGUUAGAGAUGUUGCAGACAAAUGAGGUGAUAUUUAUGGACGAGGAAAUAAAACAACACAAUUUUAUUCCUUUGUCUGUAGAGAAGAAGAUGGAAUUGAGCAAAGAGUUGGGAUUGUCUUAUUUUACUUCUAGAUAUGAAAAUGAUGCUGUGAUUGUGAAAGGCAUGGAUAUACCUAGCAAGUGUAAAGAAAUCGAAGCAGAUGGAAAUUGUUUUUUCAGGGCAGUAUCAUUCAGUCUGACAAACUCUGAGAACUAUCACCAACUUAUACGAGAAGCUGUUUGUCAACACUUGUUGAAACAUGAAACAAAAUUUCAGCAGUUUAUGAGAUAUGAGGGAUCAUUAAGGUCUUACUUGGUUUCCAGUAAAAUGUCAGACGAGGGUGUAUGGGCCACUGAAUUGGAGAUUCAUGCAAUGUCGCACAUGUUGAAUGUAGACAUUUAUACUUAUUCAGACAGGAAAUGGAUUUGUUUUAGUGGGGAAGUGCCAAACCCUGAAGUAGAUGAACAGAAGGAGUCUAUUUAUUUAUACCAUAAACAACAGAACCAUUAUGAUGUUGUUUUAUGUGUUUCAGCAAGUCUAUCUGGAAAGGAAUCGGUCAUGCAAACAAUGUCUUGCAAGAGAGAGUAUAACUUGCGCAGAGGAAAUCGACUUCGAAUGAAAGAAAAGCGAGAUACCUUUGUAUCGAAAGGGCCAUUGCAUUCGAGUAGAAUACGCAAAGACAAAUUAAGGAAAAAGUACAAGGAUAGUAAGCACUUCCGGAAUAGAAUUAUCAAGCAUAGGAGAGAAAUGUAUUCAGAUGCAGACACAAAGUUUAAAAUACAGAUUAGGAACAGGGAACGAUAUCGUGCUUUAGAUUUAGAACACCGAGAAGAAGUUCAAAGGGCAAGUAGAAGAAGAAGUAAACUGCAAUACUACACUAACUUCAAUCACAGAGAGGAAAAAAAGAGGAAAAUUGUUGGGAGAUACAAGUCUGAUGUUAAGCACAGAGAACAGGUGAAAGAAAAAAACAAGGAGAAGUACAGAACAGACCUUGAAUAUCAGGGAAAUUUGAGGAAAGCAAGUACUGAGAAGUAUAAGACAGAUCUGACUCAUCGGAAAAAUGUUAAGAAGGCCAGUACGGAAAAGUACAAAACAGAUCUGAGACAUCAGGAAAAUGUAAAGAAGGCCAGUACGGAGAAGUACAAAACAGAUCUGAGACAUCAGGAAAAUGUUAAGAAGGCCAGUACGGAGAAAUACAAGACAGACUUAAAACACCAGCAAAAAGUAAAACAAAGAAGCACUGACAAGUAUAAAAUGGACUUGGAACACAAAACUAAAGUAAAACAGGGGGCCUUGAAAAAGUACAAAGAAGAUGAAACCUACAGGAUGAAAAAUAAAGCAGCUCAUGUUCAAAGAUAUAGUUCAAAUGAAACUUUUAAAGCAAAUAUGCAAGAAAGAGCUGCAAGGAGGUAUCAAUCUGACAUCAAAGUCCAAUCAAAAGUAAAGAAACGUAGUAAGGAUAGUUAUUACUCAUCUUCAGAAGCAAUGAAGAAGAAAAAAGAGAAAGUUGCACAAAAGAGGAGGCUGAAGCAGAUGAACUUGGAACAGGAAGAGGAAGUUAUCAGAUUGUUUAAGGAAAAAGCUAAGGAGGGUCCAGAUUAUGCUUGUACCUGCUGCCAUAGGUUAUUGUUUAAAAAUCAAGUUCAAGCUUGUGAACAUCAGAUGUAUGAGAAAAAUGAAUCUGCAAGAACUAUUUCUGACAUUUGUUUGGUACACAAGUAUUUGCAUGAAUGUUCUGAAUCUUGUCCAGAAGCAUGUACCAAAUCAUCAUUAUGGAUUUGUUACACUUGUCACAGGAAAAUAAUGAGUGGCAAAGCACCAGCUGAGGCUUCAGUGAACGGUUUGAUUCUGGAAGAUAUUCCACCAGAACUGACUCGAUUAAACAGUUUGGAACAGCAUUUGAUUGCGAUUCACAUACCAUUUAUGAAGGUCAUGGCUCUUCCCCAUGGUGGGCAAAAAAAUGUUCAUGGACCUGUGGUUUGUGUGCCUUCAGAUAUGAAAAAGACAAUCAGUUUACCCAGAAAAGAAGAUGAAAACUUAUUGUUGCGUGUGAAAUUGAAAAGGAAAUUAAAUUACAAAGGCUACUUUGAAUAUCAGUUUGUUAAUACAAACCAUGUCAUGUCAGCCUUAUCAUACUUGAAAGAAAACAAUCAGUGGUACAAGGAUUUAAAAAUAACAUCAUCCUUAACUGAAAGUUUGGAGACUCAUGAAGAAAUGUCAGAUGUUGAUACAACAGGUGAAAUUAAUGAAGAAAUGGUUGCAUUUGAUACAUGUUUACAGCCUGUUGAUGUUGCACAGGAAGUUUUAGAUCAUUAUUUCGAUGACGUGUAUAAUAUUGCACCAAGUGAAGGGAAGAAUCCUGUUCGAAUGUUACAAGAACCUGGCAACGAAGCGAAGGCAUUUCCUUGUCAUUUCCCAAGUGGUAGUUUCUCCUGGAAUGAGGAAAGAUCAGAAAAAUUAACUCUCUCGAAAUAUUUCAAUAAUAGGUUAAUGAAUGCUGAUGACAGGUUUGCAAAGGAUACCAAUUACAUUUUUUUCAGCCAGUACAUGUCUGAAUUGAAUCAAGUGAUCGAAAAAACACAAAUUUCACUUAGAAAAUCACUAUCAAAAUGUACCAAUGGAAAACCAGUUACGAUACAUAUGCUGCAAGACCCGACUACUCUCUCCAGUUUGUUGAGAAAUGAUGAUGCUUUAAGAUUUAUGCAGCCAAUAAGAGGAACUCCUGCCUAUUGGUCAAGUACUCAGAAGGACAUUUUUGCCAUGCUGCGACAAUUAGGAAUCCCAACUUGGUUUUGUUCGUUUUCUGCAGCGGAGUACAGAUGGAAUGAUGCUGUUAAAAGCUAUAUUGCAACAGCAGAAUGA